UUUAUGCUCUUUAUUCCGGCAGUGGAUCUCUAGCCGAUCCUUCAAUCAUCUGGCCCAGAGUGAAAGAUUCCGGCGAGAUAGAAUGGAAUCGGCGGUGUUCGAGGAGAAAGAUUUCUUCGCAUGUUGUGGAAGUGUGCAAUUUGCGAAAGAGAUGGCAUCUGCUGCCCCCUUUUCCUUUCCUGAUCAAGCUCUUAAAGCCGCAAGAGACAUCUGGUUGAACAAGGUCGAUGUUAAUGGCUGGCUCGAAGCAUUCGCAGCUCAUCCACAGAUCGGUGAAUCUCCUUCUUCCAACCACAAAAGCCCAACCAGUGCUAAGUGGAGCAAAGGAGAACAGUCGGCUGCUAUUGCCACUGCUACUGAUUCUACAUUGCAGGAACUAGCUGAUUGGAAUAGACAGUAUAGAGACAAGUUUGGUUUCAUUUUCCUUAUAUGUGCAUCUGGGAAGAGUACACCAGAAAUACUUUCUGAAGUUAAGAGGCGCUACACAAAUAGGCCAAUAGUUGAGUUUGAGAUUGCCGCAAUGGAACAAUUAAAAAUCACCGAACUACGUCUGGCAAAGCUUUUUCCAGCUAAUAAGCAAGAGAGUCCUCCAAAAACCAAUCUUCAAGUAGUCCGAGAUGCUGUUGAGAAAGUCACAGAAGAUCGUGUGAGCAUCAUCGGAUCCCAUAUCGCCUCUGUAUCAUCGAAAACCCCUACGAGGACUCGACCGCCCAUCACAACCCAUGUGUUGGAUAUAGCACGAGGAUCACCCGCAGCUGGUAUUGAGGUUCGAUUAGAAAUGUGGGAUGGAAAUAGACCGCGUUUGUCUUUUGGCGAACCGGAUAACGGCGGAUGGAUAUUUCAAGGGUCGUCGAUUACAGACAAAGAUGGAAGAAGCGGGCAGUUGAUGAAGAUGGUUGAGAUUUUGAAAGCGGGUAUGUAUAGGAUAAGUUUCAAUACUGGGAAAUAUAGUCCAGAUGGAUUCUUUCCUUAUGUGUGUUUAGUGUUUGAAGUUAGGGAUACUCAAAAGUGGGAACAUUUUCAUGUUCCUCUUUUGUUGUCUCCUUUCUCUUUUACCACAUAUCGAGGAAGCUAAAGUAACUGACUUUUAUUAUGGGUUUUAUUUGAAUUUGUGAUGCUUGUGUUUGUGUUUUACUUGUGUUUGAUGGGACAAACUUGACAAAGAUUAUUGGUCUUGAUGUAACUUGUAAUGUUGAAUAAAUGGUCAUUCUUGCAUCUU